UCACCCCUGAGCCACAUCCCAGCCCUCAGACGGUUAUGAAAGUGACUGUACUGAGUUCGUACAAGUGAUGUGCUUAACUGUCUGGCCUAGUGAGCACCACGCAAGUGCUGCUAACUUUAGUGAGUUUUGGGGAUACCACGUACCCUCACACCCAUGUACUUCCGGUACAGUUCAUUGGUGUUGCUCACAACGUUGUGCAGCCACUCGCAUUAUCUAGCAACACUGCCAUCACCCCAAAAGGAAGCCUGCCUCCUCAGUGGUCACCCAGCCCUUGGCACCCAUGCAGUCACAUCACCUCCUGACUCCCCUGUUCUGGAUGUUCCCUGUCACUGGAGUUAAACACUGUGUGGCCUUGUAUGUCUGGUUCUCGCUGAGUACAGGGUCCUCUGACCAUCCACGCUGCAGGUGUGUCCAUUCAUCCAUUCGUGUACACCUGGCUGUCCUGCCUUUGGGCAUUUAGUCAUGCUGCUGUGAGCAUUCAUGAACAGAUCUCUAUGUGAACACGUUUUCACGCUGGGUCUGGGAGUGGAGUGGCCAGGUCAUUUGAGUAGCAGCCAGGCUGUCCAUCCUUUCUGCUCCGUGUUACACCCCCCUGCUGGGUGUGCCGCCCUGCACCAGGUGUUGUGUAGGAUGGCCUCAGGUGGCAUGCAAAGCACUCAGAUCGUGGUGCAUGCUUGUGAUUCCAGCCACUCGGGAGGCUGAGGCAGGAGGAUCCUGCAAGUUCGAAGCAGCCUCAGCAACUUGGAGCCUGUCUCAAAAUAAAGGGUUGGGGGCAUAGCUCAGAGGAAGAGCACCGCCUGGGUUCAGUCCACAGUGCUGCAGAAUGACAGCACAAUAGCUGGACAGCCCUCAGAUGGGUGUUCCUGGAGGGAGCUGGACGCCUGGCAAGCACAUUCAGGGUCCAGGGUUCUGGCCCCAGUCCUGACAGGAGACCCUGAACAGCCUCCCCCAGCCCCAGUGGGAAGAAGUUCCGCAGCAAGCCGCAGUUGGCGCGCUACCUGGGGGGCUCCAUGGAUCUGAGCACCUUUGACUUCCGCACCGGCAAGAUGCUGAUGAGCAAGAUGAAUAAGAGCCGCCAGCGUGUGCGCUAUGACUCCUCCAACCAGGUCAAGGGCAAGCCUGACCUGAACACGGCGCUUCCAGUGCGGCAGACAGCAUCCAUCUUUAAGCAGCCGGUGACCAAGAUCACCAACCACCCCAGCAACAAGGUGAAGAGCGACCCCCAGAAGGCUGCGGACCAGCCGCGGCAGCUCUUCUGGGAGAAGAAGCUGAGCGGCCUGAGUGCCUUUGACAUCGCAGAGGAGCUUGUCAGAACCAUGGACCUGCCCAAAGGCCUGCAAGGGGUGGGCCCUGGCUGCACCGAUGAGACUCUGCUGUCGGCCAUCGCCAGCGCCCUGCACACCAGCACCAUGCCCAUCACAGGGCAGCUCUCAGCCGCCGUGGAGAAGAACCCUGGUGUGUGGCUGAACACCACGCAGCCCCUGUGCAAAGCGUUCAUGGUGACCGACGAGGACAUCAGGAAGCAGGAGGAGCUUGUGCAGCAGGUGCGGAAGCGGCUGGAGGAGGCACUGAUGGCCGACAUGCUGGCCCACGUGGAGGAGCUGGCCCGUGAGGGCGAGGCGCCCCUGGACAAGGCCUGCCUGGACGAGGAGGAGGAGGACGAGGACGAGGACGAGGAGCCCGAGCCGGACCAGGAGCUGGAGCGCGUCUAGAGCAGACGCCCUGCCUGAGAGCCCUGUGCUGCAUGGCCACCUACAGACUUGGCCCUGGGCCACACUGGGGACCAGGCUCAGCAAGGAGGCCCAGUCUGGGAGGAGGGCAGCCAUCCCCGCCUGGGCCUCGAGAGGGGGCGGCUGGAGGACGGCCCUGCCUGGGGGACCCUCCACGCGGCUUUUCUUUUCGGGCCUGGGUCCCAGAAGUGCAGCCCACACUGGGCCCUGCCUGGGGGAGGCCCCCGGUGUGAACUCAGAACGGGGUGCCCGGCCUGGAGGCCAGCUCAUCCCUGGGGCUCUGAGUGCCUCCGCGGGAGCGAUGCCAGCAGGCCGCCCGCACUCGGUGCCCGGGAGCUGGUCACGUGAGGCUUCUCAGUUGCCAUGUCUCCAGGAGCUGGGAGAUGUUCCCAAACAGUGUCACUCCCCGUCAGUGCUGCGUGAGGAGCGCUGCUCUGGGCCAGCAGGUCAGCCCUUGGGACAGUAUCGGGACAGCCCUGCGCUGCCACCCAGCUGGGCAGAGCUGGCAACCCCAGGGAAGACGUCCAGGAGCCAGCAGCCACCUAGGAGGUCACUUCCCUCAAUAAAUGGAUGAUACAAAUGGGGCUGGAA